AUGGAUCCUACCAAGAAGAGAGGACCGCCCAAGGGUGCAGGCCGGUACAUUAAUGCGAUCGAGGACCGGUUACAUCGCAUGGAGGCUAUUGUAGGCGGAUUGGUCCGCGAGGAUGGCUCCUUCUCUCACCCCAUGGACGACUCCAAGAACCACUCUGGACUGAAUGGCCCAGCUGCCCUCCACACGCCGCGCAAUCGUAGUUCAAGAGACAACUACAAGGAUACAUCAUCGGACAUCUUCCAGCAGCUCCAACAACGACAGCAGUUCGCACAACACCCAAACAAUCAGAACCUUGUCCACCAACACCACCCUCCCCCACUCCACGAUUAUAACAACCCCAUGCAACAGCAACAACAACAACAACAACAACAACAACAACAACAGCAUCAGCAUCAGCAACAGCAACAACAACAACAGCAGCAUCAGCAACAGCAACAACAGCAGCAACAGCAGCAAAUUCAAUCUCAGCAACAAUUUCCCAAUCGUAUACUCGGCCUUCAAUUAAGUCAAAGUACGGACCUUGGAUCCAGCUCUCUUCUGGAGGGUAUCCAGCAGGCUACAGAACCAACUAAAACCAGCCCACUUCAUCGGGAUUUGAUCCGAGAAAACACAUUCCAUUCCUUCGAUUCACCCUCACCCGUUCUCGGCUCCGACCAGUCCGUUGGAGACUUUGCAGAGUCCCCCACCGUUUCCGAGAAUUUGCCAGUUCUAGGUCUCAGCACGCCACCGGUCCAGGAGGAAUUAGACGACAUCGAGGAGGAUAUGGGACAUCUUACACUCGACCAGCGAGGCUGCGAGCGCUAUGUCGGCAAAUCGUCCCCCAUGUUUUACGCUCGUCGACACUAUGGCGGUAUGCCGGCCGACAGCUCCAAGGAAACUGAGAAGCCCGAGUCUAGAAAGUUCACCGAAAACCCCGACUUGCCCUCGCCUGAGGUCAUGACCCAUCUUCUCAACCUCCACUUCACCUAUGUCCACCCCUUUGCGCCUGUGUUUGUCUGGUCGAAGUUCCUCAAGCGACUUCAGAACCGUGACUACAGCCUUUCUUUCCUGUUCCUGCUCAACAGCAUCUUUGCUCUGGCCUCUCGCUACUCGGACGAUAUCUCCUUCAGGACCGACCCGGCUAAAUCAGAGACGGUCGGAGUUGGCUUCGCUGAAAAAGCCAAGGAGAUCCUGAAUACUCUCUAUGACUCACCAGACAUGAACUGCGUUGGCGCCCUGGUGCUUCUUGCAUUCCAGCAGAUGGGUACAGGAAAUGGAUACCAAGCAUGGAUGUAUGUUGGAAUUUCGAUUCGAAUGGCCCAGCAUCUUGGACUCAAUCGGGACUGCCUGAAACUCAACCCACAUAUGUCUGCGAUUGAUCGUGAGGAGCGAAACAGGAUUUGGUGGACUUGCUUUAUGGCCGAUCGCAUUAUGUCCGCCUCGUUCGGCCGCCCCCAGGUACACGCAGAGCUAUUUCCCGGAUUGGUAGUCAUUGUUAACGAGUCGUACGGGGGUAUCAAUGAACACGACGUGGACGCAACUUACCCAGAGGGCGCCGAUGAGGAGAACAUUCAGCUGGAGUACAGGCUGGAUGGCGCGACUUCAAUGCUGACCGGUCCUUCGCGCUACUCGGAGCGAAAGUUUGUUUUCAUGGCCUCACUGAUGAGGAUCUUGGGAAGAGUUAUGGUCAGCCUUUACAGCCCUCGCUCUAAGGCGUCAUCUUUGUCGACAAGCUCCAUGACCAACCCAGCUCCUUUGGAGCAGCUGGAUAAGGAGCUGACUGACUGGCUCCUGACUUUGCCGCCCCACCUCCAAUUUCGAUCUGUGCAGCAAGAACCCGGAACGUUUGUCUGUACUUUGCACAUGACCUUCUACGUAGUACUCAUUCUGCUCCACCGACCCUACAGCCACCGAUCAUCUCACAAGACGUCCAACGAUCCUUCCAUUUCGUUGUCCAUUUGCACCUCUGCGGCGAACAACACGAUCGAGAUGGCCAGCAACAUGAUGCGAGCAAUAGAUACGCAGCGCGGCGUUUCGAGACUCAAGGGCAUGCUUCACAAUUCGGUUUUCAUCUUUUUCACUGCAGGACUCGUCCACGUCACCAACUGCACCAGCACGGAUCCAGUGUUGGCUGCGUCAGCCAAACUCCGGACGAUAGAGACUCUGAAGUGUCUGGCGAUGGUGGAGGAUGUCUGGAUUACCGGGAGAUUGUGUGCGAACAACCUUGUUCAGCUGUUGAAAGCGCGCAAUAUCAUGCUCCCUUGCUCGCCUGAAGCCCUCAAGAGUUUGCCAUUGAGUAGUGUCGAGGAUCUCAAGCAGAGGGUGAUCGGUGUCAGUACGCAGGAUACCUCAAUGGCAGCAUCCAUUCCCAAGGAGCAAUCGUUCGCAUUCGAUGUCAACCAAAUUUUGGGAUAUUACCAGCGAAAUGGAGUCAAGCACAAAGAGCCAAUGGGCCGCAACUCUCGUCAUUUUUCACCCACGCCCUAUUUCAGCCCCACCGGCGGGCAUCACCAACCCCAGUCCUCGAUGAAGUCUCACCCUGGCCUGACUCAGGGUCAUGCCCCUUUGCCACGCCGACCCCGCCAGGGCAAGAAUGCGUCACCGUCCCCCAGCGGAUCAUUCACAUCGACGACAACCCCUUACUCCUCCGCAGGACCCAGCACGACACCUACGAGUGCUGUCUUUCCCGCCAUGGGCGAUCAGGUCAUGAGUGCUGUUCCUACCUCUGCCGCAUCUGAUACGUCUACCAAUGGCAACACUGUCAGUGAUCCUUUCGGAACUCCCGGAUCGGUAACUGUCACCAAUAAUGGUUUACCUCCAUCCCCCGCUGAGACGGACAUGUCUUUCGGCUCCAACCCAUACCAGAACCCCUUCUCUUCGUCCCUGUGGGGUCUCCCUACGUCGAUGGACAAUGACGAGUGGAUGCUGUACAUGCAGAAUGGUGGAGCCAGUGGCCAGUCAGGAAUGGACCUGGGUUCCGAAUCUGCAGGCAGCACAACGGGCCUCAAGACCGCAAACGAGAUGUUUGGACCCAUUCCAGAUCUUACCUCAAGCGCAUUUAUGGACUCCAACAAUGUCAACAUGAAUAUGGGCAACAUGAACAAUAGUAACCUUGCGCAAAACAGCAAGACGCAUCCAUUGUCACAGAGUAUGACUAGCAACGACCUGAUGGGUGGUCCCGGUCAUGCAGGAGCGAGGACUUCGUCCGCUUCCUCUUCUUCUGGCUCGGUCAUGACAGGCUCGAUACAGGCACCAAUGUCGUUCUCUGGUGCGACAUCAUCAUCAACCACACCCGUUACAUCAUCGAUCCCUACCAUGCCCGGAUAUCAGCAACAUUCGUACCUGACGACGCCGGCGCAGCAGCAACCACAGCAACAGCCACAACCGUCCGAGUUUGAUUUCUUGCUAGGUGGUACAGGUAGCCCCGGGAUGCAGCAACAGCAGCAACAGCAGCAACAGCAACAACUUCAGCUCUUACAGCAACAACAGUUUUGA